GAGAAAGCGGGUAAUGGAUGCGCCGCCGCCGCUUUUCCUCUUCGGACCCAAACCUCGGAUGUUUAUUUUCUUGGUCUCGCGUCUUACGGGGGACCCAGUGCGGGGGCGCGGUCCCUCCGAAAAUCCUUGUAACUUUACCGAAUUUCUUAAGGAUAGAGAACUGCAACUCCCGCCCUUCUUGAGCCAGUAUUUCCCGUUUGCGGCUGCGUGGUUGGCCUGGGUUAAAGCAUCUAGAGACCCUAGGAUUGCUUCAGGUCAGCAGUCCCCACUGGAGAAAAAAAUAUUGAAUCUAGGUGGUGUGCGUACAAAAGCAGCCAGACAACUGAGAACUCAAAAAAACCAAGGAGAGUAUCAAACACUCUAUAGGGAGCAAGAUCUCUCCCUUGACUACUGGCUCGCCCGAGUGGAGUCUUACUAUAGUAAAGGAUUGGUGGGAAUGAUGAAAGCACAAGAGGCAGGCAAUGGGAUUGAGAAGAAAUGGGAGGGGAAGGCAACCCAAAGCACGGACAGACAGAAACAGUGCUGCUUGGUGCCUGAGAGAGAGAUGAGACACAUAGUGCGGCAAAUGCAGCAGGCGGCACAGGCCAGAGAGCUCACAGAGAAAGCCCUUAGACAGUUACUGUGGUCCCCUCCUGAGCCGGCACUCCCAAAGCUUGUGUGCGCAGGGCCUGGCGUCCAGAAUGCAAAGAGAAGAAAACAGGUAAAUGACAGGGAACAGAUGCAAAUUAAAGAUCACCAGGAACGCAUGAUUAGAGGGAGGGAACUAAUAGAGCAAAGACUCAAGGCAAGAUUCUUGAGAAAAAGCCAGAGCCAGCCACCUACAACAGAGAAGCGUGAGAGAAUAAAGAAAGAGAUAAAAGAAUUUGAAAGUGUUAUUGCAUAUCCACUUUUCCAGCCACGCAGAAGUCGGAUUAAAGUGAAUAUUCUUAUGGAAAAGUCUCAGAAUAGAGAAGAAGAGGAUACAAUUAUAAAAACUUAUCAAAGAAAAUUUUUAACUCUGCCACCCUUUUUGAGAAGUCAAAUAAGAAAAAUAAAAGAUUAGUCAAGUUUCAA